AACUGCUGACAUCGAUGAUAUUCCACCUCUAAUUGGAUGAUUUUCAUGAAAAAAUCUUAAUUGACUGAAAAUGUGGGUUAGCUGUAUUGUUUUCGCGGCUCUGCUCGUCCUUGGUAGCAGUGAGGUGAUAAUCGGCCAGGACGAGCUGGUAGAUGAAGUCUCCGGUCUUUACACCAUUGAGGGCCGUGUCUCGCCGCCUGACAGCAUCAUUCCGAGAGGUCCUGGGUCGCCUGUGAAUAAGGAGGCAUCCAAAUGGCAGACUGAGGUGACCGUUUCCAUAAACGACGGCGAGUUCAAGGGAUUCGUGCGCGAGGAUGGCCAGUUCCUGAUCAGCGGAGUUCCCUCCGGCAGCUAUAUCCUGGAUGUCCACCAUCCUGAUGUAUUCUACGAGCCGGUGCGCGUCGAGAUCAAUCCGAAGGGAAAGUUCCGUGCCCGCAAGGUGAACUUUGUCCAGCCGGCGCAAAUCAUGCAGGUGCCUUAUCCGCUGAGAAUGAAGCCACUGAUGCCCUUCAAGUACUUCCAGACUAGGGAGCAGUGGAAGAUUACCGACUUCCUGUUCAGCCCCAUGGUGCUGAUGAUGGUUCUGCCCCUGCUGCUUAUGCUGGUGCUGCCCAAGAUGAUUAACGAUCCCGAGACCAAGAAGGAAAUAGACAACCUGCAGUUCCCAAAGAUGGGCAACGACAUGCCCGAGAUCAGCGAGAUGCUGACUUCGUUGCUGACGGGCAAGCAGCCGGAGCCCAAGGAGAAGAAACCAGCUCCGGCCACUAGACAGACGAAGAAGCGCAAGGAGCAGUAGCUAGAAGAUCGCAGCAGCAGCAGCAUAUAGCGUUUAGCCUUAAAACUAAAGAGAGCAGCGUGGUGCUCACAGUCAUUUGUUGGAGUAAAUAGUAAAUUUUCACACUAAA